CAUUCCGGCCGGCCUUCAUUUUCACCGCAUAGCGCACUACGCGCCCGCCAUUUUGUUGCUAAAGAUUGGCUCGGUGCAAGUUAUCGGUUCUUUGUUUUAUGUGCACAAGUGAAAAUAAAUACUCGGUAGUUUAUAAAUAGAGCAUCAAUCAAAAUGGUCGCGCAAACCAAAGUAUUCGUGGGAAGUUUGCCGCAGGGCUCCAAACCAGAGGAAUUGAGAAAACUGUUCGAAAGAUUCGGCGUAGUGACAGAAUGCGAUAUUAUGAAUAGAUGUGGUUUCGUGCACAUGCAGACAGAAGAUCAAGCGUCUGCGGCGAUUCGCGCGCUUCAUAACACUUCAUUCAAUGGCGGCGUCAUAACGGUAGAGCGGGGAAGGAUCAAGGAGCGUGGACAGCGCGGUGGUGGCGGCGGUCGCGGCGGCAUGCGAGGAGGCAUGAGAGGCAUGGACAGGCGCGGCGGAGGCCCGAUGCGCGGAGGCCCGCCGAGGGAUGCGCCUUAUCCACCCAUGAGGGACACGCGUCCCAUGGGCCCGAUGCGUGGCAGCGAUAUGCGCGGCCCGCCAAUGGGCGGCGGAGGCAUGUCGAUGCGGAACGGAAUGGGAGGCGGAGCGCCCUACGACCGCGGAAUGGACCGGCCUCCGAUGGGUGGAUAUGAUGACAGAUACAACGGAUAUGGGGAGGACCGUCGCGGCUUCGCGUUGAUGGAUGGGCGCGGAGCAAGGGACCAGUACGGCGCGCCGCCUCCCAUGUACCCGGACGACAGGCGUGGGUACGGAGCGGUGGACGACAUGGCCCCAAUGUACCCCGACGAUAGACGCGCGCCCAUGUAUCCGGACGAGCGGGACAUGAUGGAUAGGCGAGGCGGCAUGCGAGGAGGUCCAAUGCCCAUGGCGUCAGGUUACGAUAGAGCACCACCCCGGGCAGCUCCCAUGGGCAAUGGAGAUAUGUACAGCAGAAGGACACCACCUCCGAUGCGCGGCGGAGGCGGCGCGGCGGCGGGCUACGACCGCGACCCGUAUGCGCAGCAGUACGCGCCCAUGGGACGCGCGGGCGGAGCGGCGCACGGCGCGGCGCACGGCGGCCGGGCCCGGCCCCAGCGCACCAACAAAAACUGUAUAUCGCUCGUGUAGCCGCACCACCGCCGCGCCACCGCGCCACCACGCUACCACGCUACCACGCUCGCGCCCCACGCCGCGACCGCGAAGGAUCCCGCAGUGUUUUUCAACCCUCCCCCCA